CGCCGCCCGCCGCCCGGUCAGGUGGCCCCGAGGUGGCCGGCGCAGGGCAGUCGGGGCGGCGCGGCGUGCUCGGACGGACCGUAGGUGACCGACAGUCGACAUCGGCCGCGCAGUGGGGAGACAUGUGGUGCGCUGCUGCUGCUCUGCUGACUCUGCUGGUCGUCUCCGUAGGAGGCGCGCCACAGCUCCAGGACGAUGAACCGUACCCAGAGGAACUGGCCAUCUAUGACGCCCAGAUGGUCUCUGAGUCCGAGUCGCUCGUCGUACGAGAGGGAGCCAACAUCAGCCUGCCGUGCCAAUGGGAGAGCGAGCGAGCCGGCGACAUCAUCGUACUGUGGAAGAAGAGGCCCAACAUCAUCCUGUUCACGGGCUCGAUGAAGAUCAGCGAGGACGAGCGCGUCCACCUGGGGCCCAAUAACGAGCUGCGCGUGACGGACGUGACGGCCGGGGACGGCGGCACCUACGUCUGUAUCGUGGCCGUCACACCCGACCCCAUCGAGCUCGAGCAUACUGUCUCAGUAAAGUGGCCUGCCAAGCUGCACCCCCUGGACACCGACCACUUCCAGGUGCGCGAGGGAGAGUCCUUCGAGCUGAUCUGCGGAGCGGACGGCAACCCGGAGCCCACCAUCACCUGGUCCAAACUGCCCACUCCUGACGCCGAGGGACCGUAUGUUGAGAACGGAGACCCAGUAGCGCCAACGAGCACGCCCGAGGGUGACGACAUGGCCUUCCUGCCGGAGAACCCUUCCAAGAGCGUGGCGCUCUCCCUGGACCCGGUGCAGCCGCGGCACACGGGAACCUACACCUGCACGGCGCAGAACGGCGUCGGCAAGCCGGACGUGCUCACCGCCAAACUGGAGGUUACUCACGCGCCAUACAUCGCCCAGGACACGGGAGUGGUCCGGACCGCUCACGGUAUGACUGCAGAGGUCGGCUGCAAGGUGUUCGCCAACCCCCGAGCCGAGGUGAUCUGGCAGCGGAACGGUCACGAUCUGCCCAUCAGUUCCCGGUACGAAACUGCCGUGUCCAGCCGCUAUUUCUCGCUGAGGAUCCGUGACGUGAAGGAUGAGGACUUUGGCAACUACACGUGCCGGGCCAAGAACCAGCUGGGACAGAACGAGAACCACAUCACGCUGACAGGUCUGCCGGGCCCGGUGGAGCUGCACCUGGGGAAGCCCAGCGAGGCAGAGAGUGGACGAGGUCAGAGCAGCACCACCGUCACCUGGGAGUUCAUCAGCUACUCGACGGUGGAGGAGACGUCCGUCACGCUGCAGCCGCUGCUGCCGGCCGGUUUCCCCGAGAUCCGGCGAGUACCCACCGUCACAUCCCGCUCCGUCUCCAAAAAGGGUCAGCAGCAGCUGUCGCCACUGAACGAGAACACCACCUACCUGGUGCGGGUGGCCGCGCGCAACCAGUACGGCUGGACACCGCCGGCCGAUGUCUACUUCAGCAUCACGGACGGAGAGCUGAAAAUCACUCAGGCGCCACCGAAGCUGGCCGAGUCGAAGACAGCCAGCGACGCGGCAGCGCGGCUAAAGCUCACGCCCAUCCUUCUCAUCGCCAUCCUGUCGAGUUUUUUCUAGUAAUCACCUAUGAGACUGCCAACACCCUGCUUUGAAUAGGUCGGAAAGAGAAUCCUGUGCCACGUCAGCGCGCACGUCCUCUUCAGCGAGGAGAUGGGAGGACGUGACGUGCCCUUCUGAGCACGGCCUGCCGCGUGACGUCUCUGAGACGUAACGUGACGUAGGCCGUCUCUGCAGAGGGCGGCGCUGGCGGGGCGCGGAGCCGCGGCGGAGCGGCCAGUGGAGCCGCUCCUCGGAGACCAGCCGUCCAGCCCGGCCCUCAGUCGGCACCGGCACAGAGCCAUCGGCACAGCGGCUACUGACAGAUAGCUGCUGCCCAGCUGCCAGACAACCAGCUGCUCAGCUACCAGACAACUGUUCAGCUGUCAGACAACUAACAGCCGCCGCCAGCGGCAACUGUAGCUUCCAAACAACCAGCUGUCACUGCUGUUGCCAGGCAACCAGCUAUUACAUCAAGCAGCUGUGUUACCCAAUGUCUGACGACGAACUGAAGUUGCUUUUCGUAGCCGGGUAGUGUUAUUUCGUUGCUAAGCAACCAGAACCGCUGUCGGACCGCCGGCUGAGGAGCCACCUGUUGCCGCGACGGUUCUCUUGCGACCACAUAGGUGACAGAGACAAUGUGAACUGGGACAGAGACGACGUGAACUGGGACAGAGACAAUGUGAACUGGGACAGAGACGAUGUGGACAGAGCGCGCGCGCACACACGAUACCGGUGCAACUGUGAUGGUUUCUAUAUUGUUGGAACGUGUGCCAAGGAUGAGUGCGGAUGUAAGUGUAUGUGAGUGCGGCAGUAGUGAGGCUGAGGAGAAAACAUUGAGUUGAGUUCUCGGUGUUUGAAGGCACUGUGCGGGUUGAAGAAACAACGAGGGCUAGGGGUGUGAACUUUUAUCUGCCCGUGCCCCCGUCAUGUUCUGUAUGGAUCGUUCGAUUCAUUGAUUUGAACUGGUCGAAACUGCCAUCGACGGGCGAGAGAUACUAAAUGCUAUUGUGAAUGUCAUCGCUUUACACUGUAGGCUGGGUGAAUCGGUGAGCACAUGGAAUGUCGUACAACGAAAGCUACCUAUGCUUCACAACCGAAGCGUGCUUGUGUGUCCUUGGCAUGCAUUUAUAUCGGUGCGUUUGUAUUAUAUCUUUGUCGGAGUGAAUGCACGCAUUGACGUAUCGAAUUCGUAUCAUCGAUAAAAAAUACAUUUCGUCCAUCGAUGUUUCGAA